CCUGCGUCAGAGCGAGACUCAGAGACUCCGAACUCGCCGGCACAGUCACCGCGCCGGGGAGGGCGGCCGGGCGCGGGGACCGGGGCACGGGCGCACACCUCCGAGCCCCGGCCACCGCCACCCUGCGGGGCUCCCGGGGCCGCAGCCCGGCUCCGCCACGCGCGAACACACCCUCCCACCACAUUUCUCUGGGGCGCGCGGGCUGAGCUGAGCCCGGGCCGGAGCGCGUCGGCCGGGGGAGAGGGGGCCUUUCGCGGGAGACCCGACCCCGGGCGGCAGCGCGAGGCGCCCACUUCUCCCGCUCCUCCUCCUGCUCGCCGCCGCCGCCGCCGCCGCCGCGUGGAUGCCAAGUACCAGUUUUCCAGUCCCUUCCAAGUUUCCACUCGGCCCUCCGGUUGCAGUCGGCGGGAGCGGAGAAACUUUGGGGCCCUCGGCGCCCGCCGGCGGCACCAUGAAGUCGGCAGAGGAAGAGCACUACGGCUACGCCACCCCCGGCCUGGGUGCAGGCCUGCCCCUCUCUGCGGCACACCCCUCGCUGCCUGCUCCAUGCCACGACCUGCAGAGCUCGGCCGCGGGCGUCUCCACUGUGGGGUACGGCGGGGCAGUGGACAGCGGGCCCUCCGGCUACUUCCUGUCAUCGGGCGGCAUCCGGCCCAACGGGGCACCGGCCUUGGAGAGCCCGCGCAUCGAGAUCACCUCCUACCUGGGGCUGCACCACAGCAGCAGCCAGUUCCUGCAUGAGGUGGACGUGGAGGACGUCCUCCCCAAGCGGUCCCCGUCCACGGCCACGCUGAACCUGCCCAGCCUGGAGGCCUACCGUGACCCCUCCUGCCUGAGCCCCGCCAGCAGCCUGUCCUCCCGAAGCUGCAACUCUGAGGCCUCAUCCUACGAGUCCAGCUUCUCGUACCCGUAUGCGUCCCCGCAGACAUCCCCCUGGCAGUCCCCCUGCGUGUCUCCCAAGACCACAGACCCCGAGGAGGGCUUCCCCCGCGGCCUGGGGGCCUGCGGCCUGCUCGGGUCCCCGCGACACUCGCCCUCCACCUCUCCCCGCACCAGCGUCACCGAGGAGAGCUGGCUGGGGGCCCGCACGUCCAGGCCCUCAUCCCCCUGCAACAAGCGCAAAUACGGGCUCGAUGGCCGGCAGCUGUCCUGCUCCCCACACCCCUCGCCCACGCCGUCCCCGCAGGGCUCACCACGGGUCAGCGUCACCGACGACACCUGGCUGGGCAACACCACACAGUACACCAGCUCGGCCAUCGUGGCCGCCAUCAACGCCCUGAGCACUGACAGCAGCCUGGACCUGGGCGACGGCGUCCCGGUCAAGGCCCGCAAGACCACGCUGGACCACUCGCCCGCGGUGGCGCUCAAGGUGGAGCCGGCGGGCGAGGAGCUGGGGGCCACGCCGCCCCGCCGUGGCGCCCAGCCGGAGGUGCUCGCGGCCCCCCCGCACAUCGGCAAGGGCGCCUUCUGCGACCAGUACCUGUUGGUGCCGCAGCACCCUUACCCGUGGGCCCGGCCGCGGUCCCCCACGCCCUGCGCCAGCCCGUCCCUGCCGGCUCUCGACUGGCAGCUGCCGUCACACUCAGGACCCUACGAGCUGAGGAUCGAGGUGCAGCCCAAGUCCCACCACCGUGCCCACUACGAGACGGAGGGCAGCCGCGGGGCUGUGAAGGCGUCAGCCGGGGGCCAUCCCAGCGUGCAGCUACAUGGCUACGUGGAGAGCGAGCCACUGACCCUGCAGCUCUUCAUCGGCACGGCGGACGACCGGCUGCUGAGGCCACACGCGUUCUACCAGGUGCAUCGGAUCACGGGCAAGACCGUGUCCACCGCCAGCCACGAGGCCGUUGUCUGCAGCACCAAGGUCCUGGAGAUCCCGCUGCUGCCGGAGAACAGCAUGCGCGCCACCAUCGACUGUGCUGGGAUCCUGAAGCUCAGGAACUCCGACAUUGAGCUGCGCAAGGGGGAGACGGACAUUGGGAGAAAGAACACGCGGGUGCGGCUGGUCUUCCGCGUCCACAUCCCGCAGCCCAACGGCCGGACGCUGUCGCUGCAGGUGGCCUCCAACCCCAUCGAGUGCUCCCAGCGCUCGGCCCAGGAGCUGCCCCUCGUGGAGAAGCAGAGUGCGGCCAGCGGCCCCGUCCUCGGAGGGAAGAGGAUGGUCCUCUCCGGCCACAACUUUCUUCAGGACUCCAAGGUCAUUUUUGUGGAGAAAGCACCAGAUGGCCACCACAUCUGGGAGAUGGAGGCAAAGACUGAAGGAGACCUGUGCAAGCCGAACUCGCUGGUGGUGGAGAUCCCGCCUUUCCGCAACCAGAGGAUAACCAGCCCUGUGCAGGUCAGCUUCUAUGUCUGCAACGGGAAGAGGAAGCGGAGUCAGUACCAGCACUUCACCUACCUGCCCGCCAACGUUCCAAUCAUAAAAACGGAGCCCAGCGAUGAUUACGAGCCUGCCCUCACCUGUGGACCAAUGAGCCAGGGCUUGAGCCCGCUCCCCAAGCCUUGCUACGGCCAGCCGCUCGCCCUGCCGCCCGACCCGGGUGCCUGCCUCAUGCCCGGCUUCCCAUCCCGUCCGCAGGGCAGUGCCAGCCCCGAGCUCCACGACCUCUCCUGUGCCCCUUAUGGCUCGGCCACGGCUGGCCCGGGCCACAGCCCCCUCGGACUUCCGCGGCCAGUCGGCGGGGUCCUCGCCAGCCAGGAGGCGCCGAGACCCUCGGGCGUGCCUCCUGGGCCCCCCCAGCCGCCGCCCCCCACUCUGCUGCAGCCACAGGUGAGUCCGACGUCGAGCGGUAGCUGCUCCCCGGGGCGCCGGCCAGCGCUCUGUCCCCACAGCCCCUCCUCUCCGCUGCCGCCCGGGACCCGAGAGCCGACCCACCUGCAGCCCUGUGGCCCAGCGCACCCCUGCGGGACGGGCCACCAGCAGCACCAGCCACUCGAGGUUCCGAGCAGUGAGCCUGCCGCCGCCCGGCCCCCGCCGCCGCCCGAGGUGCGUGAGGACAGUAAUCGUAGUCUGGCCCCCAUUUCCGUAACGGUCAAGCGAGAGCCUCAGGAGCUGGACCCGCUCGACCUGGAUGACGUAAAUGAGAUAAUCCGGAAUGACCUCUCCAGCACCAACAUCCACUCGUAGUUGGCAGCGUGGACUCUCAGAGGCUGCGUGGUGUCUAUCUGUUCCACGGUGAUGACUCUGAGUCAACAAACUAAAUCCAUACCUGGUACCACUGGGAGCUUCCACCGCAGUGAAGGCUCAGGUCACUUGUGCAAAGAAGUAGCCCAAGGAAGGAAGGACCGAUCCCUCAUCAGAAGGAAAGUCACCUCAAGAAGGAAACGAAAGUGGGUGGGUGGGGGGAGCGCGGAAGACAGACCUCGUGACGUUGCCCUCGUGGCCUCCACCCGGCACGGCGGCCUGACCCCGAGCCGCGCCCUCCAGGAGCCCGGGAUGUUUCAGUGGAAGUGCCUCGUUUCGGCCGACCGCAGCGGCUGGGCACCGUGGACUCAAGCGCUGACUCGGCCACCAGGAGUGCAUUUGCAGGAGCAGAAGCUGUAGGCCGUUUCGUCACGAGGCUUCAUCCUUUGUGUCAAUUACGAGAAUACUGGAGGACUGGGCAUUGUGAGGAAGACCUGCCACGUCCCUGCCUUCUCACCUCCUCCUGGGCUGUAACAUGCAAUUCUGUUGCCUUACUCACGUGUUUCAGAACUGCUCCAAAGUGUCAUCUCAGAUCUCCUGACUGCCUUCCCUCCCCUGUGUUACUCAGACCACAGGGUUGUUCAUUGUAGCAUGUUAGGAUUUUGUUUUUAAUCUGGCUUCAGACAUAGCACAGGUAAGUUGAAUAGCACAAGAUAGGUUACUGGGCAAAAAGAGAAAUCUCUCUGUCUUGGGAUAGGUCUCGCAUUUGCAUGUGUGUACAUAUAUAGGCGUAUAUUUAUGGUGAACAUAACCGACGUGGCGACAUUCAGUCUCUACCCGGCAAGGGCGUCCGCGUCAGCAAUAACCAGUAUCGGUUUUGGAAAAUACACCCGAGGCUCAAAAUCCAGCUCCCCACAGCCACGUCCGUGGGGACGCCCCCAGCCCCGGGAGGUCUGCGUCUCGGGUCUCCUGCAGUUAACCAAGCACUUUAGAACCAGGAGAGGUGCAUCCAUGACAUCGGCUGUUACCAAAUGGCAGAAUUGGAAAGAAACUGUAAAUAGUGUUACAGAAGGCGUGUAAUAUAUUUGUUCCGCUGUAAGAUCAUUCUUUCACAAAAGCCUUGUAACUGCUUCAUCUGAGGAAACCAUUACCAAAAACAGCGUUUUCCUAUGUGGUGACUGUAGUGUUUCCAGACUAGUUGCUGUUAACAUAGGUUAGUGUGAGCUUUACUACUGCAUUUUGUACCCAUAACAGCUUAUUGCGCUUUAUUGCUGGCUGUGACCUGUUGUUUCACAUAACCAAAAAGCAUGGUUUAAUGAAAACACCUUUAACCUGAUAACUGUGCCUUAGGAACUCACGCCCCCUGCUGGAACGUGGCCGAAUCGCACCCUCGGGGGAGGUGACGCAUCCUGUCCCCAAACUCAAGCGUUUCCGUGGAGAAGGCGUUCUCCCACGGAAUUAUUUUUAAAAUGUUGUUCUGUACAACUAUGUCUUACUUGUUUUUUAAGUCACAGAAACGAAAUCCUGAAAGCCAUAUUUGUAACAUUUGCACAUUACUGUGAAGAGCUGACGGUAUAUGGCUUCCUGUACAUAGCACCCCGCCACCGCCCCGCACCCCUCAUCCCGCCUGGAGCCCCUUCCUGCAUUUAGCCUCCUAGGAAUUGCAUGAGACGUUUCUCGGGAGACCGUCCUACAGAAAGGAGAUGUUUGAUACUGUGUUAGCUCUCUUUGUGGGUAGAAAAUAGAUCCAAUAAAGCAAUAUUUUUCUUUUUUUUUUUGCUGGA